CGUCAGGGCUGUUGCAGAAGUGGUGCCAGCUGUGUGUCCUCUCUGCUUGCUCAACAUGUAUAAAGUUAUAUCUUGUUUUAAUGGCCGUUGUUGGCAUUUAACGGGACAGUCCUGCUUUCUGACCAGUUUGGCCAAAAUCCAUUUGGCAAAUGGUGCGUUAUGUCAGAAAUCAGCCUUGAGUCACGCUCCUACAGACGUACCAGAGAUGCCAUCUUGUAAUUUCAGGCCAGAGAAAUAUGAGGGCAUGUCCAAAGCACGGAUGAUGGAGAUCCGCAAACAGAACUGCAACCCUAUGACGAUGAAGGUUACGUACUAUAAGAAGCCAGUGUUCGUUCAUCAGGGGUACAUGCAGUGGCUGUGGGACGUGGAUGGGAAGCGAUAUCUGGAUUUGUUUGCUGGUGUGGCUACUGUUAGCGUGGGCCAUUGCCACCCAAAAGUACGAGCCGCUGCAGAACAGCAGCUCAAAAAACUCUGGCAUACAACAAACAUUUAUGUCUAUCCUGCCCUCCACGAGUACUGUGAAAAGCUAGCGUCAUAUUUUCCAGAUCCUCUUAAGAUGAUCUAUCUGACCAACAGCGGCUCUGAAGCCAAUGACCUUGCAAUGUUGAUGGCUCGCCUCUACACUGGCAAUUAUGAUAUCAUCACACUCAGAGGAUCAUACCACGGUGGAAGUCCUCAGACCAUGGGUCUUACAUCCAAUUCAGCCUAUAAAUACCCCAUUGCCAAUGGUUUAGGCUGCACAAAUACCAUGUGUCCUGAUGUGUUCAGAGGACCGUGGGGAGGACGCCACUGCAGGGACUCUCCCGUACAGACUACCAGAGAGUGUAGCUGUGUGCAAGGGAGUUGUAUGGCAAAUGAUCAUUACAUUGGACAACUCAAAGAGACUUUAGCGACCAGUGUCCCAUCUAGAAUUGCUGCUUUUUUUGGAGAACCUAUUCAGGGAGUUGGAGGAGCUGUGCAAUACCCUAAAAACUACCUCAAGGACGCUUACCAGCUUGUAAGGGAGAGAGGAGGGGUCUGCAUCGCUGAUGAGGUCCAAACUGGAUUUGGGCGAACUGGAAGCCACUUCUGGGGUUUCGAAGGGCAUGACGUCAUUCCUGAUAUAGUUACAAUGGCAAAGGGUAUCGGUAAUGGAUUCCCCAUGGGAGCUGUUGUUACAACACCUGAAAUUGCUGCCUCGUUUGCCAAGGGGGUUCAUUUCAACACCUUUGGAGGAAAUCCUGUGGCUUGUACCGUUGCUUCCUCAGUUCUUGAUACUAUUAAAGAAGAUGGCACACAGAAGAAUAGUCUUGAUGUGGGCACCUAUCUAUUGUUGGAACUGGCAAAACUCAGAGAAAAGUACGAGAUCAUUGGUGAUGUUCGUGGGAAAGGUCUGCAGAUCGGCGUGGAAAUGGUCAAAGACAAGGCCAGCAGAGAUCCUCUGCCUCCUGGAGGAAUGGCUGAGAUCUUUGAGGAUGUUAAAGAUAUGGGAGUCCUGAUUGGAACGGGAGGAAUUUAUGGACAGAACUUUCGCAUCAAACCUCCCAUGUGCAUCACAAAGGAAGACGCAGAUUUCUUCUUGGCUGUUUUUAGCAAGUCCGUCCACAACUACAUGGAAAAAAGAUGAAACCUCCAUAAAGGUCAGCAAAAGCGAGGACCAGGAAUCCAAUGGUCACAGUGGAUUAUAUUUUUAUACAUCUUAAUACAUACAUUAUAAAUUGUCAGCCAGUAUUAAUAAUUACAGAGACCAGUGUCUCUAGAAUUGUGUUUGCUGCCAUUAUAAAAGGAAGCUUUAUAAAAAACUGUUUUAUAAUCACAAAUUGCAGUAGAUUUGUAAUUAUUUGUGAUUAGUUUGCAGUAAAUGUACCUCACUAAUAAUGGAAGUACGUUUUCUCAUGUGCCUUUUGACUUAGUAAGAAUAAGACCUUGUAAAUGUGUGGUUAUGUAUGAA